AGUUUGUUCUAGCUAGCGCUAGCUCGUGCUGCUGCUGUGCGCGUAGACGUGUAGUGUAAGGGGAGAGCAGAACACUACGCCUGAUUGGCAGCAACGUGAUCGUUUGAGGUCUCGCUCAGGCGUCUCAGUCUGAGGCGCCGCGCCUAUAAAAGAAGAACACUCUCCCGCGCAGCUCCCGGCCCCUCGACACAGCGCGCGCGUUAGCUAGCUAGAGCUUAGAAGCGAUCGAAGCCCGAUAGAUAGACAGACAGAUAGACCGACGGCGAUGGAGGCGAAGGCGGAGGGGAUGGCGCGGGGCGCGGUUGCGGCGCUGGCGGCGGCGGCGGCGCUGCUGGUGGGGCUGGACACGCAGACGGAGACGGUGCUGCUCAUCAGGAAGAAGGCCACCGUCAGGGACGUCCAGGCGCUCUGGGUGCUCGCCCUCGCCGCUUCCGCCGCCGCCGGGUACCACCUCCUGCAUCUCCUCCGAUGCCUCUACCUGGCCCGCUUCUCCUCCGCCGAAGCCCACGGCCCAUGCGGCCCGAACAGGAACAGCAGCAGCAGCAAGGCUCUGGCAUGGACUUGCCUCCUCCUUGACAAGGGUUGCGCUUACAUGGUAUUCGCGGUGACAGUGGCGGCGGCGCAGGCGUGCGUGAUCGCGCUGGAAGGGGAGCGCGCGCUGCAGUGGAACAAGCUCUGCAACAUCUACACCCGCUUCUGCGAGCAGGUCGCCGGGAGCCUCGCCUGCGGCAUGCUCGCCGCCGCCGGCACCGCCGUCCUCGCCGCCGUCUCCGCCCGCAAACUCUUCCGCCUCUACCCUUCCCUCUCCUCCUCCUCCGCCACCACCAAAGCAACAACAAAAUAGCUCUCUUCUCCCAGUCCAACCCUUCCUCCUCUCAGAACCUGUUCUUAAUCUGUGGAUGGAUUUUUCCUUUCUUAUGUAAAAUAGACAGGCGUGUCACGCGUGUCCUGUUUACUACUACUGCUGCAGUGUGUUUUCCCUAUAGGGCAGAACAAACAAUAUGUGUGUAUUGUGUAUGGUCUGACUGAUUGAUGUACACUGAAAUAAUCCUGAGAAGUCAGGUAUAUACUGGGUUUUGCAUGGAUCA